ACCGCUGUCUCGUUGCCUCUCAAGCCACCGCAAACAUGUUCCUACGCACAGCUCUCCUCUCGCUGUCCGCCCUCGCCGUGGCAAAGGAAAUGCCCAAAGAUGAGCUUAGGGCCGCCCAGCUCUAUGACUCUGGCAUCAGGCACGAGAACAACAUGGCCCUGAAGAAGGAGUCAUGGGCCAAACAAGAGGCUGCGGGCAUGUACAACUCUGCCCAGUUCGCCGAGGUCAAGAACAAGGUCGAGUGCAUCAACGGAACUGCCAUCACCGACACCGAUGUCUUCAAGUGCAAGAACAUCGAUCUCCUCCACUUCUUGUCUCACGCCGAGCUUGGCAGUACCCGUGGUGUCGGAUCUUCAUCGUGGGGUUGGACCUCGGACGACGGUCGCGAGUUUGUUGCAAUCGGACAGCAAGAUGGUGCUGCCUUUGCUGAGAUCAACAAGGAGGGCAAACUAGUAUACCUUGGACGUCUGCCAGCAUACUCGACCCCCAGCACUUGGCGUGAGAUCCGUGGCCAGAACAACCUGAUGAUCAUCGGCAGUGAGGCCCAGGGACACGGUAUCCAGAUCUUCGACAUGAAGAAGCUGCUCACGGUCAACCCGGCUUCCCCCAAGGUCUUCAGCAACUCCGCGGAUCUCACUGGUCACUUCAAGGGCCUCCCCAGCGGCCGAACUCACAACGUCGUGACCAACCCCGAGACCAACUUCAUCUACGCCGUCGGAGCGCAGCCCAGGACCGACAAGUGCAAGUCCGGCAUCAUCUUCAUUGACAUCACCGACCCCUCCAACCCAACCACUCCUGGAUGUGCGUCGCAAGACGGUUACGUGCACGAUGCUCAGUGCCUUAUCUACCACGGCCCCGACACGCAGUUUGAGGGCCACGAGAUUUGCUACGGCUAUAACGAAGACUCGCUUUCCAUCUAUGACGUAACGAACAAGAAGGCUCCUGUCCUCCUGUCCGUCACUUCCUACGAGGGUGCAGCAUACACCCACCAGGGCGCUGUCUUGGACCCCAAGAACCAGAAGUACCUGCUUCUCGACGACGAGUACGAUGAGUACGACAAGGUUGGCCCCGGUGUCCCAGGAAACCCCAUCACCUACAUCUGGGACAUUUCAUCUCUGCGCGCACCAAAGCAAACCGGACUGUACAGGAGCGGAGCCAAGGGUGUCGACCACAACCAGUAUGUUGCCAAUGGUUUCGCAUACCAGUCCAACUACGGCACUGGUUUCCGUGUCUUGGAUGUCCGCUCGAUUCCCCAGGAUCCCACCGGUGCUGGUGUUCGGGAGGUCGGCUUCUUCGAUAUUUACCCCGAGGACGACAACAUGCCCGGCGGCGGCAGCGUUGACUUUGUUGGAACUUGGUCGAGCUACGCGCUCUUCAAGAGCGGACACAUCCUAGUCAACACUAUGGAGCGUGGCGCAUUCGUUGUCAAGUUGCAGGCGGGUUUCGACAAAUAAGCAAAGAAGGAAUAAUGAUAAUGAUGGCCUAGGCUUUCUUGUAUCUAGUCGAGACGUUGUAGUUCUGUAAAUAUCUAUCGGUCCUAGUCGUAUUCGGCCGGUGCGAGUGUGGCUUGACUUAUCAAUUCGUAAUUUGGCCAAACAUACUCGGCUUUAUUCCUUG